AUGCUCUCCCCCAAAAUGGUCGUCACCUGCAACUCUGCCAUCACCACAUUCACACUACAACCAACCAAGCUUCACUUCCUCCUUCUUCUUCUUCUUCUUCUCUUCUUUCUGUUAACCCCUCCUGCAACUCCAUUAAACUUCAGUUUCUCCAGCUUCAACAGCAAUGACGCCACCACUAUAUCCAGAGAAGGCGACGCUUAUUUCGACACCGAAUUCCUCCGCCUCACCAAAAGCGCUGCCGAUGUCGCAAUAAAAGGCAGCGUAGGCCGAGCCACCUACAGCCAGCCCUUCCUCCUCCGCGAAAAUGCCACCGGAAAACUCGCAGACUUCACCGCCUUUUUUAAGUUCGCCAUCGACUCCAACAACAACACCAAAUAUGGCGACGGCCUCACCUUCUUCAUUGCCCCAAAUGGGUCCUCACUCGACCGAACAAUAUCCGGUGGCAGCAGCCUCGGCCUCCCCGUCAACACCACGCCUUCGUCAAACGACGCCGGUCCGAGGAAUCAGUACCCCUUCGUGGCAGUGGAGUUUGAUAUUUACCAGAAUACACUCGAAACCAUCAAGGACCCUGCUAACUCUGAAAAAACAGACUCAAGAAGGGAGGAAGAAGAUGAGAGAUAG